CACUCUUCCCUCUUCUCCUAGCUCCAGGCUUUCUUCCUGGUGGCAGACGACAUUAUGGACUCAUCCCUCACCCGACGGGGGCAGAUCUGCUGGUAUCAGAAGCCAGGCAUUGGUUUGGAUGCCGUGAAUGAUGCUAUGCUCCUGGAAGCCUGUAUCUACCGCCUGCUGAAGCUCUACUGCCGGGAGCAGCCCUAUUACCUGAACCUGAUGGAACUCUUCCUGCAGACUUCCUAUCAGACUGAGAUUGGACAGACCCUGGACCUCAUCACAGCCCCGCAGAGCAACGUGGAUCUUGGCAGAUUCACUGAAAAGAGGUACAAAUCUAUUGUCAAGUAUAAGACAGCUUUCUACUCCUUCUACCUUCCUGUAGCUGCUGCCAUGUAUAUGGCAGGCAUUGACGGGGAGAAGGAACACGCAAAUGCCAAGAAGAUCCUGCUGGAGAUUGGAGAGCUCUUUCAGAUCCAGGAUGAUUACCUUGAUCUCUUUGGGGACUCCAGUGUGACGGGCAAGAUUGGCACUGACAUCCAGGACAACAAAUGCAGCUGCCUGGUGGUACAGUGUCUGCAGCGGGCCUCGCCGGAACAGCGCCAGAUCCUGCAGGAGAAUUAUGGGCAGAAAGAAGCUGAGAAGGUGGCCCGGGUGAAGGCACUCUACGAGGAGCUGAAUCUGCAGGCCGUGUUUAUGCAAUAUGAGGAAGACAGUUACAGCCGCCUUCUGGGUCUCAUCGAGCAGUACUCUUCGCCCCUGCCCCAAGCCAUCUUCCUGAGGCUAGCACAGAAGAUCUACAAGCGGAAAAAGUGACCCAGAGACUGCCAGGGCGGGG